UAUAUAUACGUGCUAAUUGUAAGUGUACAUGCGCAUACAAGUUUGCCUACUGUCAAACCAACGGCGUAUUUGCAUUCUUAAAAUUUUCAUAGUAACAGUACAUUUAGAACGCAUUAAUCAUGUUUAAAAUAUCUUAGUGGUCUUUCUAACUCGUAUAAAGUGAUGUAGUCGUCCUACAUUUCACUAUAAUUUGUCAUUUCCAACAUUAUUCGUUGUAUAACAGUGUUGUACAUGUAUGAAAAGUGAAUUCAGAAUGUCGAAGUACACGCUACUGAGUUUGUUAACACGGAUUUAUAGGCGAUUACAAUCAUUACAAUAGGUUUCUCCUAACUUUAACGCACUGAGCUAAUGUUAAAUAUCUUUCCUUGUAUAAUUGAACCUAUACCUCGCUAUAAUUACAAGGUUCCAGAAAAAAACAACGAAAUUACUACUUCGUGUCUCUCUAUAAAUAAGUUAUAUUAAUUAAUUAUGAAAUGCAAGUUAACCUUCAAUAAAAAAUACACUUUUGAAUGAUAUUGAUUUAAAUCAUGUAUACAAAUUUUUAUUCAAUUUAAUUCAAGAAACAAUCAUAAUAAUUUCCUUCUAAAUAUAACAUAGAUAUGUUUGAGAGGCUCUUAUAGUAUAACAUUCAACAUGGUGCGUGUAAUCACAGUACAUAAUUUUUUGGGACAAAACAUUACCCAAAUUGAGGAACCAACUGCAAGUUGUAUAGCAAAUGCAUCUGGACGUGAAAUGCUCCUCUUAGCACUUUCAACGCAUUGCGUUGAAGCGUGGGAAUUGAUGAUGUCUGAUAUUAAACUACAUACUGUUUUUCCAACAGUUGAUACCAUUAAUCAAAUGGUACAUUGUACCAAAGGAGAUUAUGUUGUAACACUAGAAUCAAAAGUGAUCAGAGAUGCAAGUGUUAAUAAUCACAUUGGAAAAGCAACAAAGUUUGUUAGAAUUUAUGUAAAUUGGGCAAUAGUAAAAGAUCAAAGUCAACCUAUGCGUGCUAGAAUAGCAGGCCGUGUCACUCCAAGUUUAAAUCGACCACUAAAUAGUUUAGAAAUGAUAGAACUGCCAUUGAGUGUGCAACCCACAUUAAUUGCUUGUUGUCAGAGUACUGGUAAUUUGUUAGUGGCCUCAGGAAAUAGUGCCAUUCUUCACGAAUUCAAGAUUGAAACUCAGCAAGUAUCAAAAAUGAAAUUUAUAGAUUUUGAAGCUAGACCAUGGUCAUUAGGAUUCUCAUUUUGUCCUACUCAUAUGGAAAUUGUUGAGGACUUUAUAUCAGUCAUGAAUAAAUCGAAUUUAUGUGUUUUUCGAUUGACUAAUUCAAUGUAUGAGGACAUUGACCAAUUGAGUUCUUUAACUUCUACAAAUUCUUCAUCCAUUGAUAAAACUUCUAUAUCCACUGAUUCCUCGCUCGUAGAAAAUAGCAAUAACAUGGGAAAUCAAGAUGACAAUACAAUAUUAACAGCAACAAAUUCAAAAGGCAAAAUUUGUGUUCAAGAUCUCCACUGUACUAUAUCAGAAAACAAUGAUUCCUUUGGAACAACUACAAAAUCCAAAAGCAGAAGACAUAAAAAUUCUAAAGCAAAUAUAUGGAAUAAAUUAGAAACAGGUGACCUGAAAAAAAUAAAAUUUAAUAACAAUGAAGCUGUUGUAGAUUUGGAUUAUUUAAUGUACAAUGAAAAGGAUGAGUUACAAAGAUUAAUUGACCAAGAAGUUAUAGAUGGAAGUUCACAAUCAUUGACUAUCAAUUUGCCAUCUAUAAGUUUAGAACGAGCAGGACCUGGGCAUACUUUAAGUCCUUUCAUACUGAAUCCAUCAGACAUAAAAAUUAUAAUUAAAACGAAUUCUCCUGAUCUAGGAUGGUCAGAAAAUUAUACAAUAAAAACUUUGUUGUCUCUUAAAAUAAUGGCAGCUAAUAAUAAUUCCAAAUAUGAUGGAAAUUCUGAACUGUUCAGUUGUUCUUUACUAAAGCCAUUGUAUAUGAAAAAAGAAUGCAGCAAUUCUUGCGUGAAAAAAUCGAUUCUCAGAUCAGACAAGUAUACACAUUUACAGGGUAUAAGCUGUUUAUUGUGUACGCUUCAAGAAGGAUAUCUUUAUCAUUUCUCUGCUAACAGCUCAAAUCCUACAGAUGUAACUUGUUUAACUACAUAUCCAUUUACUGCGCCUGUUAAUCACGUUGCACUGGAACACACUGCUUUACAUGCAUUGACCGAAGCUGGUCUCGAGUCUUAUACAUUACGCAUAUCCCAUCAUAUCGCAAGAACGACGAGUAACAUCGAUAAUAUAAAAAUAACAUGCCCUAGCGUUUCUGAGCCUGUUUGCUUGAUCGGUUUACGACCGUUUCUAGGCAUACAGCAAUUACUACACAGUAAAAACUACUUAGUUCUUUUAGCUAAAGCUGAUAAUUCUUGGACUUUGUACUCCUUGAUUUUACCGAAGCUGGAAAAUUUAUAUUAUGACAUUUUAAAUGCGGCAAGAAGUCACAAGUCUUCAAGUCCCAGCACUUACAGACAUUUAUUGGGCGAAGCUCAUGCUUUGAUACGUUUGGCAAAAGACACUGACUAUAAUAGUUCGGACAAAAAUGAACUCGAUGAUAGCGUUAACAAAAAUGGGUUAAAAUUGAGGAACUUGUAUAAUCAAUCGUGCGCUCUGCUCGGAGAUUAUUAUAUCCGUUCCGAGUACGAGUCUGAUUGGGAUUUCUGUAUACCUUAUUACAAAAUGUCGGGAUUAAAGCCCACAGAAGUAUUAUCAAGAAAGUCGAGUCAAGAUGCACCUGGCCUUAUUACAUUUCUAACGGAUAUACUUCUGACGAUGAAAAGUGGUUCAGAAGCUGAUGCCUUGUUCCAAGGAUUUAAUAUCGUGGAAAUUAUUAGCAAAUUGAAGAAACUAGACUUGCUGAAACUGAUCUUCAGUAGUCCCGUAUUGCGAGAAUAUACUACAGAAAAAUUAAUCCAUAUCUUGUUACUAUAUGAAACGGACGAGUUAGUCAAAUUAGCUUUGGCAUUGUUGUACAUACAAGCUGAGAAACAAGAGCAGGCGGAAAAAAUACUCGAACCAGUUUCGGCGCUAUAUAUAAAAAAAAUAGUUGUAGAACAUUGGGAUUUGUUGUUUGAUAUGACUGCGAUGAAGAAAAGAAGUCCGAUGAUUCCUACGUUCUCUGACUUCGCCGGCAUGUUGAUGCGUCAGAAAAACUCAACGUUCGCCGAAAUUUUAAUACAGAUAAUAGAAGAUGAUGGAAUUUUGUCUCUUCAUCAAAUUAUACAAGUAUUUCUAGAAUACCUACCGUCAAGAGUCGGUAGAGAUGGGCACAAUGCGGCUAUGACCCUACAAGUUUUUCUCGAGAAAUAUCUUCACAAUUAUUUCAGUACAAAGUUGAUUACUGACUCAUCUGUUAUAAACAAGAAUCAAAUACGCACGGAUUUCGCUUUGGUAGAAGCGUUUAAGUUAUUAGUGCGAUCGUAUUUAGGCAAAUUAACUCAAACUAAAGUGUACAAAUUAGAAAGUAGAGAUAAUAACGUACAAGAAGGCUACGACAAUUUCAUGUUCGCAAAAUUCAGACCACAUUAUUUGAACGGAAUGCCUCCUUAUGCACAAGAUUACCAGAAGGUGUUAAAUACGUGUGAUCUGAAGGACUUAGCUAAUAUCGACAAGACUGACACUGAGAAAACUAUACCUACGGAAUUGUUUAAGUUGCAGUCUAUAUUAUCCUGUGAUUUUAUACCAAACGAAUGUUUGUAUGAAGUCAAACAGUUCCUUGAAACGCAAGAAAUUGAUGGCGGCCUGUCUUUGAAAACUCUGUGUAUUAAAAACACGGAAGAAGUGACAACGCUCCUAAUGGAUAACUGCCCUCAAGUAGUUGUACAAUAUGCGAAGGAUAUGUAUACCAAAGACUCUGAAUGGAAAUAUCUAAUCGAAUUAACGCAAAAUAAAAUUUCUUCAUCAAUCGCGCGACAAGAAAUGCAUUGUUUGUAUACGCAAAUCAUGAAAGCAAUUUUAAGUUACCUGCCGCAUACAUUAUCUUUAAAGAGUCUACAUCGUGUUCUCCCGAAAGACGAUGUAAUAGCAUUUCAGAAAUGUAGUGAAAUGUGUAAUCAGAUCAUGCACGCGGAACAUGUUAAAUCUUUGAUAAUGGAAACUGGGCAACAACUGUUAUCAACUUUAAAAUUGUGAACGGCAAUUUCAGUAAAAUAACUUCACCGUCAUUUGACGUUAAUAUAGGUCCAAUUUACUUCGGUUGGAAACAAAAAACAGUAUGACUUAAGUGCAACAGAAAGUUCUGUUGCAUGAAAAUUAUAUAGAAGAAAUACAUAUAAAACAAAUAACACUUAGUCGAAUUUGUUGAGAACAAUAAUUCUACAUGUGAUACGAUCUUUGCAAAGUCUUAAUCAAUCGUAGUUUUACGCUUAAAAUUAUUUGACAUGUAACUAUUGAAUCCAAUUCUUUAAAAUUAAGAGUCUAUUUCUUCUUGCAGAAUAUAUUUAAAUUCUUAAAUAACUUUUCAACUAUCAAUUCUGCUUUCAUAAGUAUUUUUUUUUUAAUUACUUAUAAUAAUAAGUUUAUAAAAAAAUUUGUGUCAAAUGCACAAUUACCGAUAUAUCUUGACUAUUUUAUUGUUUAUACUUUUUAAAAUGUGCACACCUUUUUUACCCAUUAAGCGUUUAAUUUUCGUUAUGACCGUAGUCACGCACAAAAUUCUUAUGGGUAAAAGUAUAUCAAAAUAUGUCAAAAAUUUAAGGCAAAUAUUAUAGAUAAAAGUAACUCAUCUAUAACUGAUUGUUGAAAUGUUCUAUAUAGAUAUAUUGUAUUAUGUCUAGACGUAUGUUAUCUUACCCUUAACCGAUGAAAUAGUUGAACCGUAGUUAAUAAAAAUUUAUACAGAACCGAAGAUAUAGCUAUCAAUACGCAUUGUACGUAUGAUAUUUAACAUAAUAGAUUGCUUUCUACACUGAACUAAGAAAUUCUGUAAUGAUGAUCAUGUAUUUUUGACUGUUGUUUCUAUAUUUCUAUGAAUCCGUUGAACAUUGUUUAUAUUUUAUUCAUUAAGGGCGGGAUGACAUGUGUUUAGAAAAACACAUAUUACUGAGAUAGUUACUUUCUAUUAUAUUCGUUGAUCUUAUGAUGUAGAAUUUUCAUCACUUUCUGAAUGUUACAGAAUAUGUAACUUUGAUGUGCCUUUAGGACUCAUUUCUCUUUGUUAUAAAUCUAAUAAUAUAAUUAUGUUAGAAGUGAUCUAUUAUAUUUAUAAAUUA